CCUUCUGCCCUCCCUCGUCUCGUCUUCUGCCUAGCAGCAGCUAGCAAGUUCGCUUCACGCUUCCCCAUCGCUAGCUUCGUCGUUCAACUCGAAACACCCCGCAGCCGCUGGUCAUCGUCCGAGGCUUUACGCAGCAAGCCGCGCGUUCAAAAGCUCUCAGUUCAACGGUGGAACUUUUGCAACCAAAGCGCGCGCCUCACAUCAGCCAGUGAUCGUGACGUAGUUAUUGACAAAUCUUUAUUUCGCUUUGCGCUGCAUUUGAUGCCACGCGCUGUCUGCACAGGUCUCCUGCCGCAAAGGACUCUCUUUGGAGUGCGCGAGGACACGUCACAAUGAAAGGGACGCAGGGAGAGCAGGAGGGAUGAGAAAGCGAUUCAAGUGAAAGAAGUCUCGCAUCACCAUAAAGUGCCUCAUCUGGAUGCUGCAGAAGCCCUUCUCUGUGUCCGCUUUGGAGCGCUCUCUUCUCCGCUGACUUGAGCGUGUGCGUUUGCGCUUGGCCUUGGCUCGGGUUAUAUUUCACCCUGUUCCUCAAUUCCAGCUCCGCCUGCUCACCAUUUCACCUUUUAAUACAAGGACGCCAGUCGAUUAGUUUCCUUUUUGGGGUUCAAAGUGUCUCUGUCUUCACUUUUGCAGUCUCUCCAUCCCUGGCGAUCCAGACAUGCGAGUAUCUUUAGGGACUGCUAAGUCUAUGGCAACAGGGCAGGGGGUUUCGGAAGCCUAAAUUUAGAGAAAGUCCGUUUUACAUCAAUGCAAGAAGGCUAUUUUAAAACCAGAGCUCCAGUGGGUGAGUCUAGACAGUGGGGCGACCACUGCAGACAAAUACAAAGUGCCGCUCUACUCUACUUUUAAUGCCUCGUUUUCCUGGACGGCAGCCGAAGAUGCACCGCAGCAUGUCACAUUGACCUACUCCACCUCAGCACGCUCGAUUCAUCACUCUGUCUACCUGACUUUAAACUGAUCUCAUAUUCUCGUCAUACUUCCUCACUGGCUGAUCAGCAGACUAUGCCCCCUUCUAGACUGGUAGUCUAAGGAUCUCCUUGCCCCAGUGCUAAUAUUUUGCAGCUUUUGUGCUACAUCACGCCUGGCUGCCCCACCCCAGCCCUCCGUUCACCCACCGCUUGCCGAGGGAUCGCCAUGGCCGUCAAUGUGUCCAUGGGUCGCGACACCAAGUGGCUGACGCUGGAGGUGUGCAGAGAGUUCCAGAGAGGAACCUGCUCACGUUCGGACAACGAAUGCAAGUUCGCUCACCCCUCUCGCACCUGCCACGUGGAGAACGGCCGCGUCAUCGCCUGUUUCGACUCACUCAAGGGUCGCUGUACACGUGAUAACUGUAAGUACCUGCAUCCUCCGCCUCAUCUCAAGACCCAGCUGGAAAUAAAUGGCAGGAACAACCUGAUCCAGCAGAAGACCGCAGCCGCCAUGCUGGCCCAGCAGAUGCAGUUCAUGAUGCCUGGAACUCAGCUGCAGCCCAUAACAUCGUUCCCGGUAACGCAUUCCUUGGCCAACAGUCCAAGCAUGGCUUUCAGCCCGUACCUGAGCCACAUGAGCCCGGGCAUCAGUCUCAUGCCCGAACUUCUGCCCAGCGCCCCCGUGCUGGUCCCGGGGAGCCCCACCGGCAUCGCCAUGGGCAACGGAAAUUCAACGCAGAAGCAUGUUCGCACAGACAAGCUUGAGGUGUGUCGAGAAUUCCAGCGGGGCAACUGCACACGCGGGGAGAACGACUGCCGCUAUGCUCACCCGAUGGAAGCCGCCAUGGUGGACGGCAGUGAGAACUCCGUCAUUGUUUGCAUGGAUUACAUCAAGGGCCGAUGCACCCGUGACAAAUGCAAGUACUUUCACCCUCCAGCUCACUUACAGGCCCGGAUAAAGGCGGCGCAGCACCAAGCCAGCCAGAAUGCUGCGGCCAUGGCUUUGCCACCAGGAGCCAUGCAACCAAAGAGACCGACCCUGGAGAAGACUAACGGUGCGGCUGCCAUCUUCAACCCCAGCAUGUUCCACUACCAGCAGGCUUUGGCCAGCAUGCAGCUGCAGCAGCAGCCAGCGUUCAUUCCCACAGGCCUUUUCAAACCCCCAGGCCCAAUGACAGAGGGCCGCUGGGAGAGGCGGGACUGGACCAGCUGCAGGGCCCCCCAAAGCCGUUACCUGUCAGGGCCUGGACAUACUGUUCCCAUGAUGCACGGUGCCACCACUUCCACUGUUUCGUCGGCUACGACCCCAGUCACCAAUGUUCCUUUUGCUGAAUCAGCCACCUCCAACCAGACGCCGCCGAGGUACUGAGCGCCGACCCCAUCGACCUCCAGUGCGUUCCCAUGGAGGCCCAUUUCUGUCCCGUUCCUAAACUCCUGGUGGCUGCACCAAUGACGCUGAAUCCAGUAAGCCUCUCCCACAAUCCCACAACCUAAUCAGGCCCAUCUCUCAUGCAACAUGUGCCCAAACAACAGAAAAAUGAAUGCAACAAAACGUGUGCCUAAUCUGUACAUCCUUAACGGGCAAUACAUUCAUCCUCAUAUCAGAGAUUCUCACUUCAUUUGACGUCAACAGAGGUUUGUUGAUAUUGAAACAGGCAAUACUUAAGCUUGGACCUACAACUGUUUAAGGAAGCAUGCCAUCUCGAUGCAAGGAGCAGGCGGAUGCUGAAUCAGGAGAUGGAGCGCUCUCGUAACUCACAGCCAUAUGAAUACAUGCAAACCAAUUAGCUGAGAAGAGUGAAUUCUCUUGAGGUGAACAUUAGAUUUCAGAGCCGACUCGUUUGAUGUACGGUAAGAGGUGGAGUCGUUCCAGAUCAUCAGCAGAAUGUUUCUCCGUCGUAGAAUGUGAAAACCCAGAGUGUGUGAGAGCGACACCUAAAGAAAUUUUACAUUGUGUUGGUGGUGGUGGUAAUUUCUUUCACAUUUUAUUAUGAUUGAUGAAAAUGGCAUGUUUUAUUUCAUGUUUGCAUUUCAAAAUGUCAAAAAAUGAGUGACACUUUUGUAAGAUAAUCUGAUACUGAUUCUCAUGAUAACUGAUUUAGGUUUUUCGUUAAGAGGUUUUCAAAAUGUCAUUGUUCUGAAGUGUGUGGACGUCUUUCCCCCCCCCCAGUUCUUCUGUACUCAGCUGACUCACAUUUUAUCAUAGACUAAGAAAGUAUACCUGUGUAGCCUUUCAGAAUCAAUGUGUCGUUCCUCCAUCAACUUAGGGAUGUAUGUUGUUGUGAGUUUUUCUUGAAAGAGUAUUAUUUGUUUAAUGACUUUCCAACAGGCUAAAACUGGUCUAUUGAGAUAAGUGUUACUAUUCAUGCCUGAAGUAUCUCACCUCGCAUUUCAAGCUCCACAUCGAGAUCUCACAUCUCACAUACUCAUACCUGCAUUUUAAAAAUAGAACUGCCUUAAGCAGACUAAAUGUGAGCACUUCCUGUUGCGCAGUGUGAUGCACACUGAAAUUUAAGGUCUGAUUGCAGGCCUUCAGGAUGUAUAUCUCGUUGAGAACAUUUUAACUGGACUUUAUUUUUAUUCCAGCUGGAAUGUUUCUUGCAAAUAUUUCUUAUUGUCUGAUGUCCUGGAUAUUCAAAUGAUUUAAAAGAAAUAGUAAUGCUUAUUUACUUUGUAGAAUAUAUAUUUCCUUUGUAGAAUAUAUAUGUCCUUUUUUUUUAGUCAUUAGGUGAAUUUCAUCAAAAAGUCAUAUUCCCAGUCAUAUUUCAUGCCAAAAGCAGACAAAAAAAACUAUUAUGAUAAUUAAGCAGUCCUAUUGUCAUUACCAUAAUACAACAAAUCUCAAUUUUAUCACUGUAAUGUGCAAUAAAUAACUACAUAAUUACAAAGAAAUAUUUUUUUAAGUAUCACGGUUACAUUUGUUCUAAUUCUGUUGUUAACAAAAUAUAAUACUAAAAGCAAUUAUAUUACAAAAAAAGAGAAACAUUUUAAAGUAGUAAAAAAUGUUGUAGUAGUGAAAAUUAUAGAGGAUGAAAACAAAUGCAAUUUCUCCAAUGCAAAAACAUAUGCAUUACGGAAACCUAGUUUAAUUGUCAUGAAAAUUUAAAAAGAGGGAGAUGCAAAACCGAAUUUUCAUCGUUUUGAUUUUGGUGUGAAAUGUGACAUUUUCAUAAGAUUCACCCUAUUGCUAUGUCUGUCUCUUGUAGACAAACCCCUUCUGAUGGCUGGACUGUCUCUGCCCAAAUCCAUGCUCUGCCCCACCUGCUGUGUGACAGUCUGUUCGUCUCUUUUUGUUCAGCCAUGAUUGGUUCAUCCCUGAUUACUCUAAGAUCAGUUUUCAGUGUCCAUUAUUUGACAAAAUGAUUCUUUAAAUUCCAUGCUUAGUGUUUUACACACUUAUAUUUAUAACAGAUUGGCACACAUAUGUUAAAUCCCGAUUAUUAAAAUUACAAGAUAUGCAAAAUCCUUUCUAGAAGUCUCAGACUGGUACCUGAUUUGAAUAUCCAGCGACUCUCCCAUUAGUUUGCUGUAUUCAGCAGCAUAUGCGACCCCCUUCGCAGACGUGUCAAGUGCACUGCUUUAGUGCCAGUGACUUCCAGACAGGUCGCCUUGUGCCAAUCACUGGAGAUCUCAGACUGCACAAUCAGGCCUUGACAUGCCAAGGUCAUGAGCCAGAUGGAUUCAAAUUUCAAUAUUGCAAAUGUGCCCACCCAAGCGACAAAUCUAAACCUAUUGGAGCAAGCUAUUGUCUUGUGCUUUGUUUUGAAACAUCUCCGUUAUCGCCCCCGUUCAUUAGGCGAGUCCUACAGUUGGGAAACUGACAGUAGGGUGGUUUCCAGCAGCUGUUUUUAUUACUGCAUCAGUGUGCAACCGCUAAUAGAGUUCCAGUCUGUGCCAACCAAGAGCUCUAUUAGAUUAUUGCCAUAAUACAUUAUUGAUAGUUUAUCCAUGGAGGAAACAUGAAAAACUGUGUCAGAUGGAUGAUACAAAGAGGUCUGCAAUCCAUUAGUGGAGUUUCUUUGCCCAUUUUGACUUUGAGAUAGAUGGCCGAUUGAACUCUAUAAGUUGUUCUUGUGUUUGUUGUGUUCAUGUGCGAACAGGUUUAAAUCACUGACUGUGUCCUUACUUUCACAAGUCGGCAGACUCUAAAAUGCAAGGGCGUAGAUGACCGUGUGACAUCUGAAUAUUUGGACUGUGAGCCGAAAGCUACGGCUCUCGUGUAGACAUGUUACAAUUAAAGGAAAAAUUUUGAUUCUUUUCAGACUGGGUACUUAGAGCCCUCAUCAGCCAAAGCUUCAUUUACGAACCCCUUCCGUGGGCCUUUACAUGCAUAUAUGAAUGUGACAUUUAAGACAGCGAGAAUGUCACGAGAGGUUUUGGAUGCCUGUCUCACCAUUUCUCUCGAAAAAAAACCUACAACCUUUCUCAACAUAUCAAGGAAGUGAAAGCCUCCCAAUGCCAUCCCACUGUUGAUGUACAAAAAGAGACAGAAAAAGCGUUUUUCAUCACUUAUCUCAAAGACCCUUCUCUAAACUGUUGUCUCCUUUGGGACAGCCAUGUUGUUUCAAUGGCGUAACCCCAAGAGAGAGAGUCAUAAAGCUGAUUUUAUGACCUAAAAACAUCAUUGCAACUUUUUUUGCUGACCAGCACACACACUAUGUAGGCCAAACACAAGUUAAAUGAUAUCAUAAAGCGGUAGUCUGCACCAAGACGAAAUCAGAGCGAGAUGAUACUAUAGUGUGUUAUAACUGAAGUGGUAUCUGUAUUGUAAACAUCUCUGUAUAAUGUUCAUGUGUUUUAAGGUUGUUUUAAGAAAUAUUGGGGCAAGUACGUGUGGAUUCCUUUAGGAACGAUCUCUACUGUUUAUUGAUGUUUUGGAUUGUGUUUUGUAAUUCAGUUCCUUUGCCCAGCCAAGGUGUAGAAGCUCCUUUCUCUGUCUCUCUCUCUCUCUCUCUCUCUCUCUCUCUCUCUCUCAUAUAAAGAAAUAUGCCUUCUCCAACUGCAAUCCAGCUGGAAUCAACGAAAUACUUGAUAAAGAAAAAACAAUGUGCCUCAUCUGGGGCUUUAGCAUUUAAAGUACUCACUUUUUAAGAAGUGUGCAUACCUGCAUAAAGUAGUUAGCUAGAAAAAUCUGUGUACGUAUUACAAAUGCAUCAUCAACGUCAUUCUAGUUUUUCACAUUAUUGACCUUUGUAACAGUACCUGUUUUAACUAUACCCUCACGACUUCAGUCAUGUUCCGGUGUUGUUUUGACACAGUUGUCAAUGGUAGUUUGAGUUUGAUCAUUAGCGUUACUCGUCUUACCUUACCUUACAUCGUAAAGUCUGUCAUCGCAUGAAAUGAAAAUAAUCUGAAUAACCUACAUCAUAGUUUGUGCAGUUAGUGGUUUAAGAUGUAAAAAAAAUUACCUAAUCUAUAUAUCUAUAUAUCAAUAUACACAUUUGUAUGUAAUACAAUGAUAGAUUCAUUGUUACCUAUGAUAGUAAGUUCUUGUUGCUAUGGCAACAAAACUACAACAUGGCUACCUUUGUAUAUCUUAAUUGUGAAUUUUUUCACACUUCAAGUGAAAUAAUGUACAACGUUAACUUAUUCAGAAAGGGAAUGUGUUCUUAAGUUGUCUUGGAAAAAGAGAUGAUUGACUAUUUUGUAAAACGUAUAUAUAUAUAUAUAUAUAUAUAUAUAUAUAUAUAUAUAUAUAUAUAUAUAUAUAUAUAUAUAUAUAUAUAUAUAUAUAUAUAUAUAUAUAUAGACUUGUGAGAUACUUUAUGUCCAAAGGCCCUUUGGAGACAUCAUACGUUUUUUCUGUUUUAAUGAUUAUUAUUUUUCUAUUGGGGUUGCUGAUCUCUUUUAGAUAAGAACCAGAUCUUUACGUAAACAGCAUCUGAGCUUUUGAACUAAUCUGAUGGAUCAAUUUGGGGGAAAGAGACUUUCUAGUCUCAUAUUUGGUCUGAAAAGGUUUGCCGGUUUUUAUAAAAAAAAUGUAGCCCUGUGAUGUCAGAAACGGGACGGUAUCAGCCACACGUGAGCCCCUGAUUUAAGUCUCUGUCCCCCUCUGGCCCACCCAGACUGCACCCCAGCUGUGCUGGGACCUGGUGACUCGCGUCACCCCAUCGGUGUACGAAUGUGUGUUAUUCACCUUGUUUGCACUUAUGUACAUAUCUGAUUCAAAAUAUUCAGAAUUUAUUUUGAAUAUACAUAGAUGAAUGAAUAUAUAUAUGUAGAAGAGCAGAUUCAAAUCAAAUGUCUGUAUCGUUCGAAAUACAGGUAAACAGUUAUCCUUUUAAAGGGUUGUCGAGGAGAUAGAUGCUGUUUCGCUGGGGUGUCGAGGAAUUUGUUGUUUGUUCUGUUUGCUGAUGCCCUCGUUCUCAUCGUUAAGCAUGAUACUGCAUUUUGCGGAGAAAAUGAUGUCAAAAAAAGGCUUUGUAGUUUUGCGUAGCUUACAAAAGCGCAGCGUCCUGAGCACUGUGCCCGCUCGCGUCUGAUCCUGAGGUCCAGAAACCAAAGAACAGCCAACGUGUUUCGACGCGCUGAAAGUGGUGAGGUAAUAACAAUCUGCCCCCUACUGAAAGACCAGGAGGGCAGCGUAAAGAGCACCUCAGGGUCAGACCGCAGCUGGAUAGCAUUGCUGCAGGUUACACAAAAUAACAUAUUUCAGUUUUCCAUUCUUGUGCACUCACCAAGACCAACAAAUAACCUGAAAAUCUCACAGGAUAUCCUCAAUCAAAAUUGCUCCAAAAAUCCGAUGUGAAAUCGCCAGACAGAACCCUCUGUUGAAGAAAACUUGUACAUUCUGUGCUCUACAGUUGCUUUGGAAGCCAAUGAUUUUGUUGCCAUGGCACUUGCCCUAUUAGUGAGGGAGAGACUGAGUCUUUUGUAGGUUCUUGCAUAUUGACGCACCUUUGGACCAAUCGAUUAUGGUCCUCAGCCUUUUGACUGUAAAGCUGAGGUAGCACUUAGGACUUAGCAUAGACUAAAGGGUCCCGACUUGCAUCCAGAAGCUGAAUGCAAACAUAGGGGUGCUCCUUUUACCACUGUGCUUGACAGAGAAAAUCGACAAACACUCUUCUGCUGUCCAUUAUCCUGUGCCUAAACAUUCGGUGUGAUGUGAAAGGACUGGUCUGUCGAGAAAGCCAUUCAGGUUAGACUUCCACAUAACUGUGCUCUGCAUUCAGUCACGUCAUCAUCAUUUCUGUGACUGGAACCCUAACAUCAAUGGUUCUUGUUUUAACGUGUAGAAGUCCCUGAGACCGGAGCAUCACAUUAAUGUUGUACAAAGCUGUAUAGUUUCGAAUGAAAUCGCUCAUUGAUGCAGAGGUUAUGUCCCUUUAAAGGCAUCGGCUGACGUUCGGUGGCAGACGCUGAUGCCUGUGUAAAUGCUAUUGUGUGUGUGGAACCGUUCAAAGAAUGUCUACAUUGUUUCAAAGCCAUAUGUAAUAGAUUCCUCUCUCUCCCACUGUAGGACAAGAUACAACUGAAUGCUUUGACUCUUUAUAUGAAAUGCUUCUCUUUCUAUUUAGCUUAUUGUGCUUGUAUGUGCUUCAAGAACUGUGCUUCUUGUCAAUCCCUUUGCGAUAUAAAUGUAUGGAAUAUAUACAUACUUAAGAUUUCUGUUCUUUUUUGUUUGACAUUUUAAUAAAGCACUUAAAGGCA